AAUAAGUAGGCUGCGUUCUGGGCUGGGCUUUCCAGUGAGAGAGUUCUGCUCGACUUGCUGGAAACUGAGAACAUAGUGAAGAGCAGCUCCAGAAUUACUCAUGGCCGUACAGCUCUCAGGGCUACGGUUACCGUCUUCGUCACUUCCCACUCACCUCCUCCGAUGCCAAACCAUUUCCAACCCAAAACGGUCACCAUCAUUAUCGGUUACCGCUGCUCUCUCCUCCCCACCACCCACCAUUCAGGUUGUUGGAGGGAAGAACCCGAGUUGGCGUGGAAAUGAAAAUGGAAGUGGCAAUAGCACAGUCGGGGGUAGUCAAGGAGAGAGUGAUUGGGUUGAUAUGGAUGCGGAUCUUUACUACUGGACAAAGGCGUUGCGUCCUGUUCAGUGGUAUCCAGGUCAUAUUGCAAAGACAGAGAAGGAACUGAAAGAACAGCUCAAGUUGAUUGAUGUUGUGAUAGAAGUGCGAGAUGCCAGAAUUCCUUUGUCCACUGGUCAUCCACAGAUGGACUCAUGGCUUGGUAAUAGGAAAAGAAUUUUAGUGUUGAACAGGGAAGACAUGAUAUCAACAGCAGACAGGAAUGCUUGGGCUACAUAUUUUGCAAGGCAGGGUAUAAAGGUUGUCUUCUCCAAUGGGAAGCUUGGAAUGGGAACCAUUAAGCUUGGCCGGUUGGCAAAGUCAUUGGCAGCAGGUGUUAAUGUCAAACGCAGAGCCAAAGGACUCCUCCCUCGUGCAGUUCGAGCUGGAAUAGUUGGGUAUCCAAAUGUUGGUAAAUCAUCUUUAAUCAACCGUUUGCUGAAACGAAGAAUGUGUCCAGCAGCUCCCAGGCCAGGAGUUACUAGGGAAUUGAAAUGGGUUCGCUUUGGGAAAGAUCUUGAGUUGCUAGAUUCUCCUGGAAUACUUCCAAUGAGGAUUAGUGAUCAAUCAGCUGCAAUAAAGCUUGCCAUGUGUGAUGAUAUUGGAGAAAGAUCCUAUGAUGCUUCUGAUGUUGCUGCAAUUCUUGUUCAGAUCUUGGUGAGGCUUCCAACAGUUGGUAUGAAGGUUCUUCAAGACCGCUACAAGAUUGAUGCAGAUGGUCACUGUGGUAAAACAUUUGUUCAAAAGCUAGCAGUGCAUUUGUUCAAUGGGGAGGUCAAUCAAGCAGCAUUCCGUGUCUUGUCAGAUUUUCGGAAAGGGAAGUUUGGUUGGAUUGCACUAGAAAGGCCUCCUAGAUAGUGUGUUGAAGCACGUGGUGCAGGGCUUCCAAGGCUACCAUUCGCAACUCUUGUUCCCUUGAGUGAUCCGAUGUUGGUGUUGGAAACAGAAGUUCAAAAUUUGUCAAAUAUGGUGUUGCUAUGAUAAGACAGUAACGUUGCAACCAGAAGAAGACGCUUCAUUAUGUUGCAAUAGCAAUAUUUAAGGAAGCAUUGGCAAUUGGGCACUGGGGCUGGGUGCCGUGAAGGGCCGAAAUGGAGACUUUAUAUUUAAUCGUCCUAUUUUCAGGUUCUCUCUACGCCUUCACCCUUCUUCUAACAGUUAAACUGAUCUGCAUUGUAUGCUGCUGCUCUCUGAAUCUUGUAUAGAAAAUUUUAUUUCAUAAAAAUAAAUUUUCAUAAGGAUG